AUGUUUGUAAGAAGUUUAAAGUUAUUUACUAACAACAACCUGUGCUUGCAACGGAAUUUAGCAUUGAAUAUUCAUGAGAAUAAAUCGAUACGCUCAAUAUCCACAUCAGUGUAUUUAUCUAAUAAGUAUGAUGAGCUAUAUAAAGAGAGAUAUGCAACAUUUAAGUCAAAAAAAUUACCAAAGAAUGUUAAUAGACAUGGAGUUUUUGCAGCCAAUGAGCUUGAUUUAGAUGAAGUAGAAGUUUACGGCUUUGAUUAUGAUUACACAAUCUCAUGCUAUAAAAAGAAUCUCAACUAUUUACUUUAUAAUCUUGGAAGAGAUAGUCUCGUGCAACGAUACAAAUAUCCGAAAGAUAUUUUGAAUCUUGAUUACGUGCCAAAUUAUACUAUUCGAGGUUUGCAUUACGAUAUCGAAAAAGGACUGCUGCUGAAAUUAGAUUCAUUCUUGCAAAUACAGUUAGGAACAGUCUACAGAGGACUCACACCAGUUCCAGAUGACGAAGUAUUGGAAAUUUACAAAAAUCGUGUAAUUCCUGUCAAAUAUGUUGAGGGUGACAGGCAGAACGGUCAAAAUGGUCGUAAAAUGGUUCAACUAGCGGAUCUUUUUUCCGUUCCUGAAAUGUAUUUACUCUCAACUGUGACAGAGUUUUUCAACAAGCACCACAUAGAUUACCAUCCAGAAAUAAUGUUUAGGGAUGUUAAAAAUGCUAUCGGUUCUUCGCAUCCAGUUAUGCAUAAAAUAGUUGGGGAUCAUGUAAAAGAGUACAUUAAGGAGGAUACCAAUAUGAAACGCUUUUUCCAACGCCUAAUAAAUUCAAAUAAAAAACUUUUUUUAGUCACGAACAGUCCAUUUCCUUUUGUAAAUAAAGGCAUGACAUUUUUAUGUGGAGAUGACUGGAGAGAAUUUUUUGAUGUCAUAAUUGUAAACGCAAGAAAACCAAAGUUUUUUACCGAACACUCGAGACCUUUAAGAAUCUAUGAUGAGAAAAUGCAUACUCACACCUGGGACCGUGUUACUAAGCUGGAAAAGGGAGUUAUUUAUUAUGAAGGAACAGUCAAAACAUUGCAAAAGCUUACUGGUUGGUAUGGACACAAAGUCUUGUAUUUUGGAGACCAUCCAUACUCUGAUUUAGCUGAUGUUACAUUGGAACAUGGAUGGAGGACAGGUGCUAUAAUUAAUGAACUAACUCACGAAAUAGAAACACUAAAUAAUGAUGAUUUCAAAAUGAGUGCUAAUUGGCUACAAAUGCUGACAAGUUUGAUGGAGGAUAUUCAAGACCAUGAAACUGUUGAAUCUGAAGAGGCUCUGCAAAAAUGGGCAAAAGAAAGGGAUGGAAUUAGAUAUAAAAUGAAACAAAUCUUCAACCCUCAAUUCGGAUCAGUCUUUAGGACAUAUCAUAAUCCGACAUAUUUUAGUAGACGAUUAUUCAGAUUUGCUGACAUUUACACAAGUAAAAUAACUAAUCUCUUACAUUAUUCAGUAAAGCAUACAUUUUAUCCCAGAAGAGGUGUGAUGCCACAUGAAUAUUUAUCCUAUUUCAUGUAA